AUGUCCUUACAUUCCAGCCAGCCAGCCAAGAAGUCAGCCUCAAUAGACCACACCAUUCCGAUACUGGGCGAUGACAAGCCCCUCCAGUUUGUGCGUCGCGGGUCCCUCAACCCCGCCGACCUUUACGCCCCCAUGUACCAGGCCAGCUCCGAUCCGGCCUCUGCCGCUUCAGCUUUGAUGGGUCUGCCCGAGGACAAGUCCUGCGUUCACAUUGAGGGCGAGAUGGAGCGUACACUGCACAAGACGGAGAAGCACCACCCCGACAUCAUCCUCAACGCGUUCCCUUCCGACGUGGGCGGCCAAGACGACAUCUGA